AUGAAGCCGGGGCCGCCGCACCGAGCAGGGGCCGGGGCCGGGGCUGGGGCAGGGAGCGGGAGCGGGAGUGGGGCCGGGGCUGGGACCGGCGCGGGAGCGGGGGCUGGGGCCGGGGCCCGCGGGAUGCUGUUGCCGCCGCUGCUGCUGCUGCUCUUGGCGGGACGCGCCGCCGGGGCUCAGCGAUGGCGCAGUGAGAACUUUGAGAGGCCGGUGGACCUGGAGGGAUCCGGGGACGAUGACUCCUUCCCAGAUGAUGAGCUAGAUGACCACUAUUCUGGCUCAGGCUCUGGCUACUUUGAGCAAGAGUCUGGGAUUGAGAAGGCUGUGAGGAUAAGUACCAAUGUAGCUGUUGCCCUGUCCACCACACCAGCUGUGCUGCCCACCAGUGCCAUCCAGCCCAUGGGCACUCCUUUUGAGAUGCAGCCUUCAGAGAGCCCCACCCCCAAGCCUGCCACCACUGUUUUGGCAGUGACCAAGGUGUCAGUGGUCCCCACUGCUGCUGCCACCGCCGCCACCAUGGCCACAGAGGCCGUGACCACUGCAGCCCCAGCUGUGGCCACUGAGGCCCCAGCCGUGGCCACUGUGGCCCCAGCCACGGCCACCGCUGCCGCUGCUACCACCAACAUCAUCCCGACUACCGCUAGCAUCCCUACAUACCCCCCGUCCACAAUCAGUGUGCCGGUUUCUCAGACAACAACCCUCCCAAAGCUCCCGCCUCCUCCUCCAGCUACAGUGGCAGCCACAGUCCAGGCUACAGUUCAGGCCACAGCCCAGGCCACAGCCCCUGCCACACUCACCCUCUCUGCAGUGGCUUCUGGCCUGGACACAGAGGCAUCCACCCCAAAGCUGGUGGUCACUGCCACGCCAAGCACCGUGCCGAAGCCAGAAACCUCUCAGCCUCCAGGUGUCUUCGAGAAGAGCACUGUAGCUCUGGGAUCUGAUGCCCUGGUGCCCACUGAGGUGCCACAGACCCCUACCCCAGAGGCCCCACUGGCUACAAACCGGGAAGUUGAGGCAGAGGUACCAUUCCCCAGUGGGGACGCGGAGCCCCCAGAGGAGGGGAUCACCCAGCCAGAGCUGGACAAUGAAGUGGUGGCAGUGGGUGAAAAGACCACUACCGCCUCAGCAGGAGUGAAGCCCAAGGAUGAACAGCCUGGGCCAGGCCUGUUUGAUAACACCAUCGACUUGGGCAACUCAGCAGCCCAGCUGCCUCAGAAGAAUAUCCUGGAGAGGAAGGAAGUGUUAGUAGCGGUGAUUGUGGGUGGGGUAGUCGGAGCCCUCUUUGCUGCCUUUCUGGUUACCCUCCUCAUCUACCGCAUGAAGAAAAAGGAUGAAGGAAGCUACACCUUGGAGGAGCCAAAGCAGGCCAGCGUCACGUACCAGAAGCCGGACAAACAGGAGGAAUUCUAUGCCUAGAGGGACCUCGGUGCCUCCUCUUCCCUUCCCUCCCCCUGGCCUUCCUCUCCUCUCCUUCCCCCUUUUUGCUAACCCCUUGGACAGAACUGUGAGUCUUCUGAAUCCCUCUGCUGCACUGGACCCAAGUUACUGCUGGUGCAGGGGGACAUUGUCCACAAACCUUUGUGCCCUCCCUCUGGCACGUGGGGCAGGACCUUGGAAAGGGGGCAGCCAGCCUCCCCUCUCCCAUCUACAGAACUUGGAUUCCCUCUCCCCAGAUCCCACUUAUUCCCAGAGGAGCUCUGAUCAGCAUCCCUUCCAACUUUUCAGGCCAGAGCUGAGCUCCAGAGGAGCCAGUGGCCAGUCAGGCCAGGGCUCCAGGGACUUUGGGCCAGAUUCCUAUCUGUGGGAGAAGUUAAGAGUCAGACAAAACUUUCUUUGGUUGACAAAUGAGGGGGUGAGAUUGGGAAUCCCUUUCUCCUUUCCCUUGGGCUCUAAAUGGCCUUCUCUUCGGGACUGGGAGUUUUCUCCUGGACUGGCAGCGGGGCACCUUUUGUCAUGGGGCCAUGAACCCUUAGCUUAGUGGUUUUAGGGGCCCAUGACAGCCAAUGCCAUCUCUUAGGCGGACAUCAUUUGGCCAUGGCAAGUGAGCCCUGUGGACAGUGCUGGAUUGAAGGUAGGGGGAGGAUAGAGAGGAAGAGGCAGAGACAGUCUGAGUGGAAGAGGGGUGAUAGUGGGAGAGGGGAGUGAGUGGGGAGCCUGGAGGCUCUCCACCCUCCUUUGCCCCUUCCCCCUGCUCCUGGGGCUCUCUCAGACCAAACCUUGAGUUACCUCUCAGUGCCAACCAGCGUCAGGGUUAACAAGCAUGUGGCUUUGCCAAGAGUGCCUGAGAGUGGCUGGCUCAAGCCUUCUCCAGAGGAGGGGGGACAUUCCUUCUCUCCUUCCCCCAUCCCCCUUGCUGGACUGGGCACAGACUCUCUCUGUGGGUCGAGCUGGCGAGGGUGGGGGGAGUGUCUGGGCAGAGAUAUUCUGCUCGAGGCACGGCAGCCACCCAAGGAGGAGCCUUUGCCAGACACGACUUCGUCACAACCAGCCACGUGUAUCACUCACAUGACCCAGCAUGCAGACAGUCACAAAAAAGUCACAUACACCAGGCCCACCAGCCAUACUAUCAUGCGUCCCAGCAGAAUUCUCCCACACACCAGUCAUUGACAUACCCUGAGUCAGUAUCACCAGCCUCACGUUCUCACAUGCUGGAGCCGGGCAGCUAAGGAAUCUCUUUAAAAGAAAAGAUGAGAAGGAGGGAGUGGGGAAGUCACUAUUCUCUGAAGGUUCUGGUGUCUGUCUUCCACCUCUCCCUGUGCUAACAGGUUAUUCGCUCCUUUCCUGGAUUCCUGGAGCUAGUGGGAUGAGCCAGGGUGGGUGGUGGGAUGGAAGAAUAGUCUGAUAGGUUCAGCUUUAAGAAUGAUCCUGUGAAUUUUGAAAGGAAGGGGACACUCCUGGUGGACCCAGGAACCAGGGCCUGACUUCUGUGGUGGAGUUGUAAGGGUGCUUCCAGUCUGCCAGUUCCAGACUCCCUCCCUUGUGGACUGGGGCAUGGUCCCAGGAAGGGUAUGGAGAUGGGGAAGGAAGGACUUUCACUGAAACCGACUGACUUCCUAGAAAUGGCCUCAGGCCCUUGACUUCCUACGUGAAGCCGGCUCCCACCAGUUCAUGGGCCUAUGGGUCUGCUGACUCUUGGAAGCCACUUAGUGCCUGCCUGGAUAGAGUCAUGAGCAGCCCCUAGCCCUCUGCCCAGCCCAGCUGCCUGUUGACUAGUAUAUGGACACUGGCCCUCCCCGUUGGGGAACCGCUGUGGGGGGACUGUUGAUCGUCCCAAGGCCCUUUGGUACCUUCUCCCCAGAGGGCUCCCAGGAGCCCAUUGGGAGGUCCCUGGCCCAGAGCUUGUGGUUGGUGAAGAUUGUGCUGGCAGUGGGCUCCCUGUCUUAUGGACUCCACUCUUUCCUGUCCCCGUCCCAGGCAUCUCCAUACUAUUAGACCUUGUCUGGGAGUGGUGCCGUAUUCAUAGACAAAGCCUGGCCCAUACAGUUUGUUUCUUCUGCCUCCUUGAGAGACCUGAGGAACCUACCAUCUCUUGGGAGCACCUACUGUUGGAGGCCUCCGCACCUGGACCCUGGGCCCCCAGGGGAGCCGCCCAAUGCUGAUUGUCGAGAAACUGGAAUAGCAUCGUCACCUGUGGGCCUCACGCUGGGGCCAGUCUGUUCUAGAUGGAUGCACUCUCCUUCAGAGGCCCAGAGCCUGUUGCAGGCUGUCUCAAACUUGGGGGAGGUGGUUUUGCACCAGGGGAGGAGAGGCCGAAAGGAGUUCCAGGGAUACAGUCCUGGUUUUUGGACUGUUUGCCUCCCAUCCCCACCCUUAAUGUCCCAUUGAUCUCAUUCCUCUUGCUUUAUCAGCUCCUCCAGCCCAAAGUCAGAAAGUCAGGCCAUCCCCUUGGGGAAUUUUGAAGUCUGCAGAUGGGGAAUGGGGAGAGGCUUGUAGCUUCUGGGGGAAUGCGAAAGCAGGGAGAAAAGUCUGGUCUGAGGCCCGGAUGGAAGCUUGAGUUGAUGGACUAGAUCCCAGGAAGGAGGUGUGGAAGGGUCUCCAGAUGUCGGUCCCUGCUGCCCCAUUUCCUCCGUGGACUCCUGUCCAUAACCUCUUUUCAGUUAGAUCCAGGGCCUUCUGCCCACUUGUAGCACUGGUACUCACCUUAUUCCAUCAGUCUUGUUUCCCCACCACCCACUUGUAGGGCCACAGUGAUUGGCAGGCCUUGAGGAAGAGUCUAGUGUCAUCUCCAAGAUGCCUGAAUGGGGCCAGUCUUCCUCAGGCUAGGAACUCACUGGAGUGCCAGAGCACAGCUGGGGAAAAGUUGGUCCCCAAAUGUUUGAGUGAGGAGGGACAGGGAAUAGGGUUGCCUGAAUGCCAACUGUCCCUUCUGGGUCCCUAUAGUAGUGACCUUUUCCUAGGCUUCAUCUUUGUCACAUCACCAUGGGUUCCCAAGUCUGAAUUGACAUAUAGCCUUGUGGAUAGAAAUGGGAAAGGACUCUGAGAAGUAAAGAUGAGGUAAUAUCUCUCCCAGAAAACUGGUGGGGAGAGUGUGGAGAGGGGUGAAGCUACCAUCAGUGUUCCUUUCAUGGGACCUCCCCUUCCUUUAUCUGACCAUGAGUAUGAUAUGAAUGUCACAGUGUCCGUCCUGUUCGAAUGAAUCACCCUAUACCUUGACCCCAUUUCUAGGCAGGCGCUUGGCUUGGGGAGGAUCUCUUGUAGGUGGGGAAGGGGGUGAGAAGUUAUAGGCAGUAGGUUGCCAGAAGUGAGUUUUGUCAGUAAUGAGGGCAUUCUAGCCAGAGGGGAGUUCAUAUAGCCCAAGAGCUUCCUCUAGAUAAGGAGAGUUGGAGGGUUAGGGGCUGGAGGAAGCCCUCGAGGAGUUGGGUCAUUGUGUCUACAGCCUUGGUCCCCUCAACCCCAGGAAUAACACUCUCUGAGGAGGCCAUCUUUGGUGACUCAUUUCUCCCAUUUCUGGGGGUCCUUGGAAACUGAUGGGAAUGGCCCCUAGUGGAGUGCCCAGUGGAAAAGGGAAGGUAGAGGAGAAAGCCAACUGGACUGGGGAGCCUUGUGGUUAGGGGAUCCCUUGUGGGUCAGCUGGCGUUGAAUCCAGGGCCUGAGAGAUGCUGAGAGCUUGGGUGGGGAGGGCUGCCAGGAAGCAGACAUUCCCAUUCCUCCUAGACUCAACUAUUAGCAAGGCAGCUUCUUUGUAAAAAGCUACCUUUUGGGGUGUCCCUCUGCAUUUUCUAGGGGGCACCCCUUUCUGUUUCAGGGCAUCUCAUCCACAAUUUCAGGACAAAUAUUCCUCCACUUUCUAUAGCCACCCCUUCCUCUUCUCCCCAUUCAUGGGGCAGUGACCCCAGGCUGCUCUCCUUGUAAAUAGGAAUUGAAGAAGCCUGUAUAGAUUUACAAAUAGCAAGAUCUCCAAAAGAACUGGGGCUUGAGGAUCACAGGGUACAUGGUCCAGUCUAGAGAGCUUCUGAAAGUCCCAGGCUCUGGCGCUUACCCUGAAGAAGCCUCCUGGGCUGCAGCUGGCACCAUGGCCCUCUCCCCCAAAUAGUGAAUGCAUGUAAAUAUUUUUAACAGGAACUGUCUCAUGCAGCAGGCCCCUCUUUGGGGGCUCUCCCUCUACAGAACCACCCCUGGGCCUGGGACUUGGAGGGGCAAUUGUCUGUGCAUCCAGGCGGAAGAAAGGGGAGAGCAGAAACCCCCUACCCCACCCUAUCUAUAUCCUUCCCACUCAACCUGUUGAACUGUUUUUUGUCCUGAGUUUAUGGCCAAAACUUUUGAAUAACAAGGGAGAAAGAGACCAACUGAACCCUUCCCCAUCAUGUUGGGGGUGGGGGAGGAGCUAGUCCAAGCCCUGGGCUCAUGGCCCAGUCUUGUAAUGGUACCAUUAUUAUUAUUUUUUAAUUCUUUCUGUGUUGUGCCCAUUUAUAAGAGGAAAUAAAAUAAGUCAUUGAAAGGAUGCUCCCUGGCUGGGAGUGGGGUGAGCAUCAGAAUCAUUUCUCUAGGCCUUGACCUCACAUCUCCCUGCCAGCCUAACCGGAAGCCACCUCCAUGUGCCUCAACUCCUUCCUCUAAGGCAACACCCUGGGACCACCAGUGCCACCUUUGCUUUUAGAAGAGCCUAAGGGAAAAAAAGGGAACUUAAUUAUCUCCUGAGAACCAUUAGUGUUCCACAACCAUUUAUUAAGCACCAGUUUAUUACAGAGAGCUCUAAAUGCUGGGGAAGAGAAAAGAUUAGAACACUCCUUUCCAUGAAGUUUAAGAGUCUUAAAGGGGGGCUUUGACACCAAUGAGAAGGUAAAACUUGAAAGGUGCGACAAAGGGAAGUGAGGGAAAGCUUGUGUUCAACUGGUGAGAUCAAGGAAGGCUUUAUUAAGUGGCAUUAGAACUGAGGUUUGAAGGAUGGGUAGAAGAAUAAGGAAGCUGAGGCCCAGAGAGGUGAUGAAGGGACUUGCCUGAGGUCAGAGUGGGAGAGCCGAGAUUUUAAGUCUGGUUCUUUCCACUAUGUAACAUUGCUUCUACUAUGAAAGGCGCAUUACUAGAAGACUGGCCACUAGACGAUAUUUUUGGCCAUGGUGAUGCUCGAAGCAAAAAUCAGAAAGGUGCUGUGUGGCCUCCAUCUCCCUCAGUGAUGGUGGUGGAGAAGGAGGGCAGGAGAUGCUAAGUAUCACCCAGUUUUCAAACUUUUCUAUAAACUAAUGCUUACAUGUGACUUCUGUUUAAUGACCCAAAACUUGAUAUUUUAUUAGAGUAAUCUGUUCAUUGAGAUCGAGAAGCAGUGUGCUGUAAGGGAAAGGAUGCUAAUUUUAGACACAGGCCAGACUUGGAUUCAGAUCCUGGUUCUGAUACUUAGCUAUGUACCCUGGGCAAGUCACUUAAACUCACUGAGCCUCAUUCUAUAAAGUGGGGAUAAUCGUAUGUACUGAACAAUGCUUUGUAAACCUAAAAGAGCUAUAUAAAUGCAGGUUAUUAAGCAUACCCAUAUUAAUCUUGCUAUAAAUAAAAUAGAAGAUAUAAGAUAGUUGCAGUAACUAGUAGAAUGACUUGUAGGUUCUUGGAGAGCUAAAUAAAGGAGUUGAUUUCACAGAA